UGGCCGGUCCAGUUGUUUGAACUGGCCACUGAAUGAACCAAACUUUGUCAACUUCUCUUCCAUUUUACAGACCAGCACUUAUUCAGACUCCAAAGUGUUCAUUUCCCCAGCACAGGGACACUGCUUGUAGUAGUGGAGGUAGAGGUUCUAUUCUAUGGGAGAAUCUCAGACAUCCUAGACUUAGACUUCUGUAGAGGUCUUUUGCUUCUUACACAGAGAAGCCCUGUUCUGAAGUGCCUCAUUGAGAGGAGAGCUCCCCAUCUCAGCCUGUAGAGCUCAUCUGGAACGAGGAGGAGCUGCUGGCAAGGUGCCCAUUGCUGUGUAGGUUCCUGCGUGCAGGAUCUUGGUGAGCAGAACAGCAGCCAUGCCGCCUGCCAUGGGAGGACCCCAGGGGUACACCCCUCCAGAGGGGGGCUGGGGCUGGGCAGUAGUGGUGGGAGCCUUCAUCUCCAUCGGCUUCUCCUAUGCCUUUCCAAAGUCCAUAACCGUCUUCUUCAAGGAGAUUGAGGUCAUUUUCGACUGCACCAGCAGCCAGGUGUCAUGGAUCUCCUCCAUCAUGCUGGCAGUGAUGUAUGCCGGAGGUCCUAUCAGCAGUAUCCUGGUUAAUAAGUAUGGGAGUCGUCCCGUCAUGAUGUGUGGAGGAUUCCUGUCCGGCUGUGGACUGAUUGCUGCCUCCUUCUGCAACUCAGUGGAAGGACUUUACUUCUGUGUGGGAGUGGUCGGAGGUUUGGGACUGGCAUUCAAUCUGAACCCAGCCCUUACUAUGAUUGGGAAGUACUUCUACCAUAAGCGGCCCAUCGCCAAUGGAAUCGCCAUGGCAGGCAGCCCAGUGUUCCUAUCCACCCUGGCCCCUCUCAACAGCUGGUUCUUUGACCAGUUUGGUUGGAGGGGCAGCUUCCUGAUCCUGGGAGGCCUGCUGUUCAACUGCUGCGUCGCUGGUUCUCUCAUGAGACCCAUCGGACCAAAACCACAGCCUGCAGUGAAAAGUGAAGAUGCUGCCAAGGAGAGUACGACGUGUGGGCAGAAGUGUAACAGUUUUAUCGACCUCACGCUGUUCAAACACCGGGGCUUCGUGCUCUACCUCAUGGGUAACGUCAUCAUGUUCUUUGGUCUCUUCUCCCCACUAGUAUUCCUUAGUAACUUUGCCAAGAGCAGGGACAUCCCCAAAGAGAAGGCAGCCUUCCUGCUGUCUGUUCUGGCCUUUGUGGACAUGGUGGCCCGGCCCUCCAUGGGCAUUGUGGCCAAUACAAAGUGGAUACGACCCAGGGUGCAGUACUUCUUUGCCUGCUCUGUGCUGUUGAACGGUGUGUGCCACGUCCUGGCGCCCAUUUCCGUGGACUACACAGGCUUCGUUAUCUAUGCCAUCUUCUUUGGCUUUGCCUUUGGCUGGCUGAGUGCAGUGCUGUUUGAGACGCUCAUGGACCUGGUGGGAACGCAGCGCUUCUCCAGUGCAGUGGGACUGGUCACCAUUGUGGAGUGUGGGCCUGUCUUGUUAGGUCCCCCUAUGUUAGGGAAGUUCAAAGACAUCUACAAUGACUACCAAUACACCUACCAGAGCUGUGGGGUGAUCCUUAUCAUUGCCAGUGUGUUCCUGUUCGUGGGGAUGGGUACCAACUACCGGUUGUUGGACAAAGAGAAAAAGGAGGAGGAAAGGAAGGCUAAACUGGAGGGAAAAGAAGAAGAGACCAACAAGGACAAUGCUUCCAAAGAAGCCACCAAUGACAGGGUGAGAGCAGUUGACGAGACAAAAACGGCAGAAGACAUAAUCUAACUUUCCUUGACAUCAAAUUCACGCAUUCACAUGGUACCUCAAUACAGUCAAUGAGAUAAUGUAGACAUCAAAUUCAUUUGGUUUAAGUCUUUCAUGUAAACAUAUUUCUUCACCAGUUCCAUUUCUGUCAUUGAAUAAUGUACUAUCAGCAUAAUAUGACUGUGUCAAGAUACACGUAUGUAUGCAACUGCCCUACCAAAAAAUACUAUAUUUUACUGGAGUCCAAAUAGUACAUUUUCUGCAUAAGUGUUGUGAUAUAUUUAAGAAUAUUAUUAUAUACAGGUAAUUCCUAUGUGUAUAGUGUAUUUGGCAUUUCAGAAGUCCACCUUAAAUAACUACAAUGUACAGUAUUAUUCUGUGAAAGCACUAGUGCUUUUAGAAGGUUAAAUGAAUCACUGUAACAUUUUGUUCACACUGUCAUGAUGAUUGGUAGGUUUCUUUAAUCUCCGAAAGCAUUGUUACAUGAAUAAUCAGGAAUAGUCUCUUGAUAUUCACAGUUCUUCAAUUCAUCUUCAAAAUAAUUAUAUUCCCGUGUUGACUGCACAGCUAAAAAGCUAGAGAGACCGAUAACAACACCAAAGAUAAUCCAGUUUGAAGACUUGCAGAAACUGCUUCUGCAAUAUGAUUCCCCGUUCACACUUGUGGAGUUGUCACUAUUUACAAAAAUUGGCUAUAUCCAGGGGUGCAACUUUGGUUUUAGAAGUGGGGGGGGGACAUAACCAUAGUUAGUUUUUUAAUCCAGUCGGAUAAACACUCCAAACAGCCUACUCCAAACAGCCUACCCUUCCGCAUGGUCCUAAAGCACACCAUUGCCUCAUUUUGUAUCAUAUUCAAAUGAUAAAAUUAGGGAGGGACAAAAAUGCAAUUUCUAAAUGUGGGGGGGACAUGUCCCCCUCGUCCCCAGUGAGAGUUGCGGCCCUGACUAUAUCGUUAAAAUUAUGUAAACAAAAAUGGGGAUUUUUGGUAUUCAUUUAAGUUUAGGCAUAAGGUUAGCAUUUUGGUUAAGGUUAGGUUUAUAAUCAGAUUUAAAAAAAUAGAAAUUGCAGAAAAAGGCUGGGUUUAGCCAUAUUUAUCACUAUAUGCAUCUGGUAACUAGUGAUGACCACAUUUUUAGCUAGCUAAACUCAUGAAUAGAAACACAUUAUCAGGUCUAACGGUUGUCUUGCUCCAAAAUGGGAAUGUGUAGGCCCUAAAAUCAAUGGCACUAAUUAAAUAUAAAUUUGUUUUUUACAAAAAAAUAUGUACGUGUCAGUACGUCACUUUCACGAGGUUGGAAUAAUAACUACUUUAGCCAUUGGCUCGAAUCUAGGUUGUGCCUUUAGAUUUUGAGAACAUUUACAGAAUUUUGCACUUCUAUCGCUGACAUCUCAUUCCGGGCCUGGUCUUCUUGGUCUGUUUCGCAAGCGUUUCCAGAAGCCCCCCCAACAAGAUGCCCAAGUUUCCGACUUGAAAUUUUGAGAACAUUUAGAUUUUGAGAACAUUUACAGAAUUUUGCACUUCUAUCACUGACAUCUCAUUCCGGGCCUGGUCUUCUUGGUCUGUUAUGCAAGCAUUUCCAGAAGUACCCCCCCCCCCAAUAAAAUGCCCAAGUUUUCCCAAGUUGGAUGACCAUUGAAACAAAAAAAAUUACAGUCUGAGCUAAAAAAAAAUCCCAUUUCCCAGUUGUCUUGACUGCACUGAAGUCGGAGAUUUCCGAGUUUCCAGUUGUUUUGAAUGCAGUAAUUGUGACAACACCAAAGACAAUACAACACUCUUGAACUAUGAAGGGUGCAAUUGGGGGCGUUCCUGCAUGUGGGCAUUUCUGCAUCUGUAGGAACCCCUCUUUAUGUGUAAAUUUGUCUUUCUUUUUGCUAGGACUCCGGUCCGCAGGCAGGAGGCGGGGGCACUCCAGUACAGUAUGUGGUAGUUAUGCAUGCCGAAGAGGCAGGGGGACAACGGCAACUAGUUAGCUAGUAAUGUUAGACAGUGUCCUUCGCCCCAAGCCUGUUGGGCAUUCAUUUCCCGCUGUUCUGUUAACAAGGUCGAGGGCAGUUGUUCGGCAGGCAUUUAGGACACCGGGUAAUAGCUAGCCAGUUAGUAGGCUAGGACUCCGGUACACAGUAGGUGGGAUAGGUAGCUAGCUAGCACACCGGUACACAGUGUACUUUCCCCUGCCUGUCGGGCACUUUUUUCCGAAGUACUGUUAACGACAGUAAGGGCAGGUUUUCGGCAGGUGUUUAGGACAAUUGGAGCUAACUAGUUAGCUAGCUAGGAUUCCAGCAGGUUCGGCAAGCCGGAGCAAAACACACUGUGUGAUAGCUAGCUAGUUAGCUAGGACUCCGGUACACAGCAGCAGAAGAAAGGUUGCUAGUUAACGAUAGCUAGGACACCGGUAGACAGUGUACUUCGCCCAUGCCUGUCAUGCACUAGUUUCCCGCAGUUCUGGUAAUAAUGGCGAGGGCAGGUGUUUAGCAGGUGGGAAUGAAGUACACUGUGUGCUAGCUUGUUAGCUUACUCGCUAGGACACCGGAACACAGCUCGCGGGGACGACUCCUGCAGAUGGCUGUCGGGUGCGGUUCCUGCGGAUGAUUGGAAUAUCCAGCUACUACAUUUCUUGCCUUAAUCAUUUAGCUAUUUAUCUCCAUUAGGUGGCAGUAUUUACUCUUACGUUAAUGACUCUUGAGCUCCUGAAAGUUUAUCCUCAUCCCGGAGGAAAUUGUUUGCACGUUAUAUUGGAAAAUGACACUGUAUAUCACUGUUACUGAUUGAUGUAAUUUUAAGUAACUGAAAAAAUAUUCCAGACACAACUACCUUGAGGUUGCACUAAUGUCGCCUACUUGAUGAGACUAAAGUCAUAAUUGUGAAUGCAGAAAUCAAGGGUUUGAUCCAAUGAAAGUUGUUAGGCAUUGAUUGUCAUGUGAUGGUACCCUGAUCCAUGAGGGAACAGACAAUCUUUGGUCAUUUUCAUCAUUUUCAUAUGUCCAAGGGCACUUGGAGGGUCUUGAAGGGAUCCAGCUUUUUGUCAGAAUUUACUUUUCAUAUCAGGGCUAGGAGAAAUUACGCAGCAGGUUAGGAAAAUUAGGUUAAGAUUAGGAAAAGGGUCAGGGUUAUCUAAAAUGCGCAAAAAAGUGUCUACUCUUAAUGUACAUUUUUCAAAAGCUGGGUCCAAUCUAGACAUUACCGACUUGAAGGGAGGCACUUUGACGUCAACACACAAAGACACUUUUAAUCAUGUGUGUCAUACAUGGAUGAUGACCAUGAUGUGAAUAGUUUUGUGAAAUUUCAAUGAAUGUCUUUUUUUCUUUCCACAAGAAAUAAAACUGAAAUGGGAUGUUGUGUUCAUUAAGAGUUAUUUACUUUGGCCUAAGUAUAAAAUAAAAUAUCCCCACAGCUAUUGGACUGUUUGAAUUAAUUGGCUAACCUAGAUUACAAUGUUUCGAUGUUUCCAUUGAUUAGUGUAAUGCAGAGCAAUAUAUUAAAAAAAUAUAAAUGUA